AGCGUCCAUCUUUAAUGUACUGUAUUGAAGAGAUUGACGAGAAGAAAACAUUGAAAUUUGAAGUAAAGAAGGCUCGGUAAUCGCGGACGUGGCUACUAAAACAAAAAGAUAUACGACAUUAAUAUAACUUACAGAAGUUAUAGGCGGUAUGAAGACAGUAUCAUAGCGAAGCCAUGGCUGAUAAAAGAAAACUCCAAGGUGAAAUAGAUCGAUGUUUGAAAAAAGUCGCAGAGGGUGUUGAGCAGUUUGAAGACAUCUGGCAAAAGUUACACAAUGCAGCCAAUGCCAACCAGAAGGAAAAGUAUGAGGCUGACCUCAAGAAAGAAAUUAAAAAGCUCCAGCGACUACGAGACCAGAUUAAGACAUGGGUGGCAUCCAACGAGAUCAAGGACAAGAGGCAAUUAGUGGAGAACCGCAAAUUGAUAGAGACGCAAAUGGAGCGGUUUAAAGUGGUGGAGAGGGAGACGAAGACGAAAGCUUACUCCAAGGAAGGGCUGGGUUUGGCCCAGAAAGUAGACCCCGCUCAGAAGGAGAAGGAGGAAACGGAACAGUGGCUAACGAAUACGAUAGACACACUAAACAUGCAAGUGGACCAGUUUGAGAGUGAAGUGGAGUCGCUCUCUGUCCAAACAAGGAAAAAGAAGGGAGACAAAGAUAAACAAGACCGCAUAGAGGAGCUGAAGCGACUGAUAGAGCGGCACCGGUACCAUAUCCGCAUGCUGGAGACCAUCCUGCGAAUGCUUGACAACGACUCAAUUCAGGUGGAUUCCAUCCAUAAGAUCAAAGAUGACGUGGAGUACUACAUCGACUCCUCUCAAGACCCCGACUUUGAGGAGAACGAGUUCCUCUACGACGACCUGGACCUGGAAGAUAUCCCGGCGGCGUUGAUGGCCACGUCUCCUCAAGGUCAAUCUAACUUGGAGGAUGAGAUGUUCCUGCAGUCCAGCAGCACGCCGACCUCCACCACCUCCUCCUCGCCCAUCCCUCCGUCGCCCGCGACCGGCACCGCGAGUCCGCCAGGCCUCCUGCUCCUCCAUCAGCCUGAGGCCACACUCGCUGCACCCAACACCCCACACCCACCUCUCCUCUCCUCCAUCAGUUACCCAGGCCACUCCUCUUCUCUCCCUUGGGAGAACUCUGAAGAGGACAAGAAGAGAGGGCGGUCCACCGACAGUGAAGUUAGUCAGUCACCUGUGAAGAAUGGGAAUCCAUCGCACUUGUCCUUCUCCUCCUCCUCCUCCUCUUCCUCUGGCUCCACGCCCUCUUCGGUCUCCAUGGCCACGGUUGUCGGGGGAGUCCCGGCCGUGUCCAGCGGGAGCAACCUCCUGGGCAGCUUCAGCAGCGCCGUGCAGCAGCAUCCCCCCCAGUCCCAGUCCCAGCAGCCGCCCCCGCAGCAGCCCCAGCAGGCCCUGCCCAAGACCCCCUCCACCCCCAUCCCCAUCCCCACCAACAGCACCCCCAGCCCCCCCAGCUUCCCCACACUCCCCCCCUCCAGCACCCCCUCCCUGCCCAGCUCCAGCACCCCUGCCCCGGCCACGCCAAACUCCCAGCCCCUGGUCUCCUCGGGGCCUAGCACGGUGGCCUCGGGCCUGGGCCUGGGGCUCGGUCUUGGGGGCUUGGGGAAGGGCGGCGUGACUGUGACCAGCAGCUCGGCGCAGAUGUCCAGCCUGGGCCUGUCGGCGAUGACCGGCUCGUUGAGCAGCAUGGCGGGGCUGCUCUCCACUUCCACGCCGGCGCCGUACGCCCAAGCGGCCGCGGGCGGAGUGGGCAGUGCCCCCGGCGGUCCGGUGGGGAGCGGAAGCAGCGGCGGCAGCGGCGGCGGCGGCAUCAGCAUCAGCAGCACGAUGCCCACGCCGAGCUCGGUCCUGGGUGGCGUCGGAGGAGGCGUCAGCAGCAGCGCGGGCACGACCAGCAACGGCACCGGCUCGUCCCUGGGGCUCCUGGGGUCCAGCCCGGGCCACGGCGUGCUGAGCGGCGGCAUCCUGGGCCUGGUGCAGCAGGGACAGUCGGGCCUGCAGGGGGCGCCGCAGGUACCCCUCAGCCCCGUGGGCGUCGCCCCGGGGUCGGGCACGGGCGUGAGCCUCCUGGGGGGCAACGGAGGAAGUACGGGUAACGCAGCGGGCUCGGGCGUCGUCGGGGGCAACGCAGCGCCCGCCAGACCACCCAGUGUCCUCAAACAGAACGGGGGCACGAGUGAGAACCUUUUCAGUUACAGCGCCAUUGUCGCGGACAACACACCUGACUCCACCCUCAACAGCGGUAGCCAAUCACAAAGCAGCCAGCCCUCGUCUCUCAGUUCCUCGGGCAAUCCACCGCUGGAUAACGGCCCCAGUCUUCUGAGCUCCAUCACCCUUCCGCCCUCCUCACCGUCUCCCUCGUUCACGGACACCACCCCCGGUGGCGGGAGUCUGCUCAACGGCCCGCACUCCUACACACCAAACUCUGAGGUCAUCAAGGCCCCUGAGCCGUUGAGUUCUCUGGCUGCCAUGGCAAAGAGGGCAGUCAGACUGGACCCUGGACUGGAUGGAGAGAUUUCCUCUUUACAUCUCUCAGAGAGAGACAUCUUCACAAGCUCCUCGACCUCCAGCGCGCCCCCCGUCGCCCCUCAGCCGACCGUCUCCGAGGUCAACCUGCCUCCGUCGUUAGGGGUGUGUCCGCUGGGCCCCACGCCCCUGUCCAAAGAGCAGCUCUACCAGCAGGCCAUGCAGGAGUCUGCCUGGACACACAUGCCUCACCCGUCCGACUCCGAGAGAAUCAGGCAAUACCUGAUGAGGAACCCGUGCCCCACCCUCCCCUUCCACCAUCAGGUCCCCCCCCACCACUCCGACUCCAUCGAGUUCUACCAGAGACUGUCCACGGAGACCCUCUUCUUUAUCUUCUACUACCUGGAGGGCACAAAGGCUCAGUAUUUGUCCGCUAAAGCUCUGAAGAAGCAGUCUUGGAGGUUCCACACCAAGUACAUGAUGUGGUUCCAGAGGCACGAGGAGCCAAAGACCAUCACUGACGAGUUUGAACAGGGCACAUACAUCUACUUUGACUAUGAGAAGUGGGGCCAGCGCAAGAAGGAGGGUUUCACGUUCGAGUACCGCUACCUGGAGGACCGGGACCUGCAGUGACCGUCAGACAGGGGCGCGUUGGCGGGGCAGGAGACGCAUGAAGCGGACGGGGCAGGGGGCAAGGGGCAAGGGGCAAGGGGCAAAAGGGGCAAGGGAGAUGAGCUGGCCGCCAUGGAGAAUGUGCUGCUGUUGACAUUCCGAGAUUGAACUCCAUGCCGUGAUAAUGUUUUUUUUUUUGUUUUGUUUUUUUAAGAAAAAACGUUGGUUGUAAAGUAGGCCUUUAUCUUAAACCGGGGACAUGCACGAGAGAGGAGGGGGUCGAGUGCCUGUUUACACACAAACAUUUGAACCUCUCUUUGCAGUCCUCUUGCCCGCCACUUCUGUUUUAUCUCAAUCCCCCAGCACCAUCAGACUACACAAAAAGCAAACUCCAAUUGGGAAAAAGAAAAAAAAACAACGCAGCACCACCACCACCACCACCACCACCACCAGUGUAAUUUGACUACGAGUACUACCUGAGUCUGCGGAUGUUUUCUGAAAGCAUUUCUGUAGUUGUUCACGUAGGCUUCCCCACUGCCGGCAUACUACAGGGCCAGUCCUGUGUUGAAGAGGACGAGAUGUUAAUUAAAUUGCUAUGCAAUUGAAUUCUACUCUGCCUCCUCUCUCUGUCAAAGAAAUGUGGAAUAUAUAUAUAUAUAUUAUAAAAAUUUCACCCUUCAGUCAACUCGGCGUUUUGUUCCACUGCUGCCUCUGUUCAUUUCAACAAGAGCAGCCAGCAUCCCUCUUGAGAAAGAGAAUAUCAAAUAGAGACGACCAAUAAUGGAGAAAUAAAUAAAUCAGAUGCAGGGAGUUAUCCUCUUUCUCACUAACCGUGUGUAGGUUGUUUGUGGUUAAAAAAAGAAGUAUAUCUAUAUAUCUUUUUUUUUUGUCAUGUGGAAAGCUCGGACAGUUCUGGAAUAUGUAAAAAAAAAAAAGAAAACCCUUCCUCCCCUGUACGCAUUUCUUUCGUUUUGGAAACCACCUUUCACAGAUUCCCUCUCAUUGGUGCGAAUAGGAGCGAGCACACUCACUUUACAACGAAUCAUUGUCUCCCUUUUACUCGGUGUCCGUAAGCGUUUAAAGCCUCUUAGUUUAAAAAAAAAAAAAAAGGUGUCCUCAGUGAGUUUCCUUAACUGCAUUUUCCUUCGUUUUUUUGGAGGGAAAACCCACAAUCUGUAUUUCAAAAAGAAACGUUAAGAAACUGUGUAGAAAUUUUAAAAAAGAGAAAUUAUUUUUGGCUUAAGGAAGGAAAGGGCAGCUGACAGACAACAUGUGAAUUUCUCUCCAAAAAAUAAGUACAAAAAAUUAUGUAUAGAGUUGAUUUCUCAUCUUUGCUUUUUUGACACUGUCAGGAUAGCAUGAUAUGCCAUUCAGUAAGUCUGAAAUGGGGAAAAAAGAGGAUUGUACAAUUUCAAUAAAAUACUUUUGUGAACA